CGCAUACAUACAAGGAGGCAACCAUCAGCACAAGAAGGCAAUACGUGGCUCCCUAUGAACGACUCGCUGUCCAUCUGACGUACGAGAGGGUGCCCAAGGACCUAGACAAGAUUGCGACUCAGCUCGAGUGCAUCAACAUGAGCAUGACCACGACCCCACCUCGAACCUGAAGACGAACAAGAUCACCCGCAUGCUCUUGUGCACGGUCUCAUUCAUGAACGAGUUCUCAUAUAGGAUGCAGCUGCCCGAACACCAUCACCGACGUGCUCUCGGUCAUGUACGGGGCCACGAUCGUGUUCAGGCACAUGUGCAGGUUCUACGGCUGGGACUCGAGCGUCUCCAUGAUCUUGCUCACGGACGAGGACACGAUGAUGGCCAUGAACGCGCACAUCCUGAUCAUGCACAAUACCUUGAUCGAGACGGGAUCCUCAACCACGACCGUGUGCACAACCUCGAGGCAGGUCGCGAACCUGUGCAUGUUCUCCUCCACGACUCAGAGCUUGAUCUUGCACAUGGUCACGGACAUGCGGCCGACGAGACCUGGAUCAGAGACACGUGCUCGAACAUGAGCGGGAUCCCGUGCUCAGAUCCGGAGACGAAGACGAUCAGGACCACGCCCUCGUACAUAGACUCGACCUUGAGCGUGGAAGAUCAGGAACUCGGACAGGUCCCACUUCGGGCGCAUGAAGUGGUUCAGGAACCUGGUCAGGCACAUGAGCAUGAAGGGGAUCGCACUCAUGUUGGCGAGGCUGAUAGCGAUCUCGAUCAGGGGUGACGAACCUGACUACGGCCUGGACACGAACGAGGUUGACAGCUUGAACGCCUUCGUGGCAGGCUUGGUCGACACCUACUCAUGGCCACGAACCUCGACAUGUUCUCGGAUGUGGUGGCGAAGUUGAGGGAGUGCUCGUCCGUACCCGUGGAUGGAGACGCGAGCAGAUCCACAAGCUCGAUCGUGAUCCGCGGCCUGAAGUCGACACCAUGAUCU